CAGAAUAUUUGACGUUUGUAUUUUUCUAUUGUUUAUUUUUUCUUCUGCCAACAAAUUUCAUAAUUUUCUGGUUUUCAACAAAACUCAAUUACUGUGUGUUCCACCGACUGUGGUUUUUUAAGUAUAUAUAAGGUGCAAGUAAAGUGUCACGCAAUGAAAGCGGGCACAUUUCGUAAUACACAAUGGGAUCCAUUGCUUCUCAUUGCCCAAAUCAUCUCGAUGCAAUCGUGCGUCUAUUUCACAUUGGGCCUCUUGGUAUUCAUCGCUAAUAUAUUGGCGGGCGACAAUUACACAUUGGAUAAUCUUUUCGAGUAUCAUGAAAUACACAUUUCCGAUGUGGGUGGACGUUUAAUUAUACUUGCAUUCGUGCUCAAUUCAUUUAUAGCAUCUUUGGCACUGUGGUGUAUUGUACGUCGUGCGAAAUUAUGUUUAGAUUUUAGUUGUACGUUCCAUUUCCUGCAUUUGAUCAUCUGUUGGUGGUACAAUUCGAAUUUCCCUUCAAAUAUCAGUUGGUGGUUGCUGAAUGCGAUUACAACGACUAUAAUGUGCAUAGGCGGCGAAUUUUUAUGUCUGAAGUCUGAAUUAAAAGAAAUUCCGGUUGGCUAUGCAGCGCUCAAUCAAAAGUCAGAUGUUUAAUAUCUAAUAAAUUUAUAUGAUUUCGCAUUGGCUUUGGAAAUAUGUAUGACGAAGCGUAUUAUACUUAUAAUUUCAUAAAUCUUAUUUUCUUCUGAGUAUACGCAAAAAUUUACGGUUAUUUAAAGUAUUUAUAACUAUUAAUUUAAGAUAGAAAUAAAAUUUAUAACUUGAAAUAAGAGUUUAAACUGUUAUUUUCAAACAGUACAAUUCAUUAACCAAACCAUUUAAGGCUUGUAUUAGGAAAGGACGAUACUGGUUUAAAACGAUAGCUAGAUUGAUAUUCACUCCUACUCUAAUGUCGUAUCCAAUUCCAAUCGGAAUCACCAAUAGCUCUUUUGCGACUUCUCCUAAUAUUGUACUAAUCGGAAUAACAGGCGAUUCACCCAAAUAAAAUAUCUGAUAUUCUUGUCUCGAAAAUCAUUUACCCAAUUUCUUUAUAUUGGGAAACGAACUAUGAAUAAAACGUCUCAUUAACGUUAUAUUCUUCAGCCCCCUCCCAUAUAUUCUCUAAAAGCUAAAAUAAAAGUUCAUUUUCAUUUGCUAAAAAGUACAUUUAUUUAGCAAACUUGUUUAAUAUAGGUUCAUUUUUAUUAUGUUUUGUUGUGAUUUUUGUGGUAAUUUACUAUUUGAAAUUGCUGUUUCGGUUGAUUCUUGUUUAAAUGUUUUUUUUUCAUAUAUCCGCUGUUUAUUGAAUUUAUUUAUUUCAGUUUUGAAGCAAGCGAGUUUUUUCUUCAACAUUUUUUUUUAUUAUUUUUUAAAUCUAGAUGUACAAUCUUUAUGGUUUUCAGAUUCGUCAUUUUUUAAGUGCUUUCAAAUGCAUUUAAAUUAUUUUGUUACAUUUAUUAAUAAAAUGAAAUUCAAAUAUAUUUCAGUUUUUUUUUUUAUAAUAAUUAUUACAAUCGAGUGAGUGCCUUCGAAGGUAUGUAUAUUUGUAUGUACUAUAUACAUACAUAUGUGUUUCUCUAUUGCGGUUUCGAUUUCAAAAUAUCGAACUAGUCGCGCAUUCAACCACACUUAAACAAUCUAAGUUUGAGCGCUGCUACUCUAUCCACCGCACAUACAUAUAUAAAUAUGCUGGAUAAUCAUAUUUGUUGUUUACAGCAAUCAAAUUCAUUCACGCAUCCGAUUCAAAACUCUAAUUUGUUUCUUGUUCAUUCGUGCCCCCUUUUCAAAUAAAUCUUUAAUAUUUUGCUUUCUUCUUUUUUGCAUUUGUAAUUAUAAAUUCAAAU